UUAAGUUUAAAUCUAGUCUCUUUGAUUUCCACACUCUUUCAAACUGAAACUGAAACAAAACCGUGAAAGUACGAUACUUCAUCCCCUCAAACCUGAAUCUCUCUCCAACCUCCUCACACUCACUCCCUCUACUCAAAAUGGACGUUGAAACCGCCGACAAAAUCCACGUCACUGUCACCGACAUCCUUAACUCCUCCGACAGUGACUCCCUGACUGAGAAACAAAUCCGACAUCUUGCCUCCCAAAAACUCAACAUCGACCUCUCCGAUUUGCCCCGCAAAUUUCUCAUCCGACAAAUCAUCGAAUCUUUCUUACGUUCUUCCGACCAACCUCAAAACGACACCGUUUUGCCCCCUAAUUUACCCUCCACCUCCAUUAAUGAACCCCACAAAGAAAUUCCAUUACAACACACAGAAAUAAAGCUUCCUGAUUCAUGUCGAGUUAUUUGCAAGUUGUCACAAAAGAGAGAUUUAGCAGUGAGAUAUUCAGGAGGGAGAACAGUUGUUUCAAUUGGAGAACUAUCUAUGAAGGAUGGGAAGGCCAUUCCAACACCUAAUAAAUGCAUUAACUUAUUUCCUGACCAGUGGUCACUUCUCCGAAAGAGCGUCCCUGCAGUUGAUGAAGCUAUAGUAGAGGCUGAAUCAAAAAUAAGAUCUGAACCUGACAAUAAACAAGCUUUUGAUAAGCUUGAUACAUCUGCAUAUAGAAGCAAACAGAAUGGUGGUGGUCACUUUGGACGAAGUGGAGCUGAACCAACUAAAAAAGAUGGUGCACACCAUAGACCUAGACUUAUGGCCACUAGAGAACGUACUCAAGAUACUUCAACUGUGGUUUCUACACCCCGAAGACUUGUACCUAUUGAAGUUAUUCGUUUUGAUGGUAAGAAUUACCAGGAAUGGGCUGAUCGAAUGGAAUUAUAUCUGAACCAAUUGAAGGUUGCUUACGUGCUUUCUGAACCAUGCCCUAGUGGGCUGGGAGUCGCGGACAAGGAGAUUGCACAGACUUUAUCUGCUGCAGAAAGAUGGAUGGAUGAUGACCAUAUAUGUCGUCAAAACAUCUUAAAUUCCCUAUGUGACAAUCUUUUAAGACAUUACUCUGAAAAAUCAGGCACUGCUAAAGAUCUUUGGGAAGAACUCAAGCUCGUCUAUCUUCAGGAAGAGCAUGGAUCUAAAGUUUCUCUGGUUAAGAAGUAUAUUGAUUUCCAAAUAUCUGAAGAGAACUCGAUCUUUGAGCAAGUUCAUGAGUUCCAUCAGAUUGCAGAUGCACUUAUUGCUUCGGGUAUGUAUGUUGAGGAAAAGUUUCAUGUCAACGUCAUCAUUUCUAAGCUUCCCCCAUCUUGGAAACCCUACAGCAUCCAGUUGAUGAAGGAAGACAACUUACCUGUAUGGAUGUUGAUGAAUCAGCUGAAGGCAGAAGAGGAAUCUCGUCAGAAAGGUCACAUGGGUGACACUCUUGUUCCUAGGGCCAAUUUUCCUGUGUUUCAGCCCAACAAGAAAUACGGACCCCAGAAAAUGCCUAUGAAGAAGCCUGGAUUUCCUCAUGCUAAUCCUGAAGCAGACGGGGUUAAGAAGUUUAAGUUCUGCAACAUUUGUAAGAAGAGGGGGCAUUACAUGGAGCAAUGUAGGUUCCGUAAAACUGAAGGGAUGUAUAUUGCAAAUGUAAAGGAUAGUGUCACUUCUGCAAAUGCAGUUGUUGGGAGCAAUGGGGCAGACAAAGAUGGAGCUGUAGGUAACAGUACUAAUUAGGUACCUCGCUCUCCCCCCUAAACUCAAAAUUAUAAUUAUUACUCGUACUUAAAUCAUGCCAAUGAUUGGACUAGUGGAAAGAUUUUGUUGGCUAGGUAGGAAUAUGUAAAGAACCCAGCAAGGGACAGAAUAUGGUGCGAUGAUCUUAGAUUGUCUUAUACGAAGUAAUUUUUUGCCUUCAUUACUAGCUCGUGGCGGGUAUUAUUGAUUUGUAAAUUUUUGAUGGAUCAAUAAUUUCAAAAAAAGCCAAAUAGAAAGCGAGAUUUUAUUAAUUAAUUUUCUUUUUCAAAGGAUCUAUCUCCCCGACCCUCUCCUUGAUCUUAUUUCCGCAAGUGGUAGCAGCAUUUAUGGCUGCACUUACCCUUGUUGCUGUGUCAAAGUCUCGCCUCAAGACCUGCUUCUAGAUCACCUGGAACUCUCGAGUAGACACCCUGGCAAUCUUCCAAUACAUUUUCUCCUACAGGACCUGUCAUAUUGAGGUUUAAGAUCGUGCCAAUGGUUGAAUUAAUGGCUUUGGCACUUGAUAUGCUCAACUCAAAGGAGAUUGUAGCUAGUUGUGGGGCAGUUGAUGUGAGGCUGCGAGGAUCCGACCCAAGUGUUGAUAUGCAGGAUUCGUAAGUGACAUUUAUCGGGUCAGCUUCAGAGAUGUCCUUGCAGACAGGGAGUAAAAGACUGGUUAAAGCAGCAGUUGUAAGUAAGCAACAUAGUAUACUCGUGAUGAAGACGUAAAAGAUGUUUUUAUUCAUAUUUGUUGG